GCUGUGACGGCAGCGCGGUGCGUCGGGUUGCGGGAGUUGGCGCGAAGGUGGGGGUGCGGGAGGCAUGGAACUGGAGGCGUCCCGCUAGCCAGAUAAACCGCUGCCGGCAGCAUGGAUAUCCGGAGAUUCUUUGGGGUUGUACCUCCUGGAAAACGACAAGAAUGUGAGACUGUGAAAAAGAAUGAGAAAGUUAAAAAUGGUGAAGAACCUCUGAGUGGGAAGAAAAAGGGAAAGGAGACCAAGGUGAAUAAUUCACCCAGUGAAGAUGACUGGAAACCAAAGCGGAUAAACAAGAAAAGAAGAAUAAUCUAUGAUUCAGACUCAGAAGAGGAGGUGCAGCCAGUGCAAAAAUCCAAGAAGCCACCUGAGAUAAAAGCAGCUGCUCCAAAACUUGGUAAAGUUUUAAAGCGGGAUCCUGUUGUUUAUAUUUCGGAGACAGAUGAAGAAGAUGAUUUUGUCGGUAAAAGAAUUUCCCUGAAGCCCAAGGAAAACAGGACAGCGGCGAUUGCUUGUCCAGAAACAGCUGCAGUGAAAAAGGAAGAAGUCAAACCACAACCUAAAAGCAAACCAGUAUCUCCAGUGAAACAGACUCCUACCUCAGCACUGGAUUACUUUGGGACAAGUAGUGUCCAGCGAUCAGAAAAGAAACUGGUAUCCAGUAAAAGGAAAGAACCUUCACAAAGCAGAGACAGCACACUAGAUGAUGAGGCCAUUGCUAGGCAACUGCAGAUUGAAGAGGACUCAGAGUUGGAGAGACAGCUGCAUGAGGAUGAAGAAUUUGCUAAAACUUUGGCCAUGUUGGAUGAAACACCCCAGAAGAAAAAGGCUCGGAGAGAUUCAGGAGGGGAGCAGACAGUGCUGAGCAUCAAGAGCAGUCCCAGUGAGACAAACAGACGCAAGCAGACAGAAGGAGGCAAAGCAGCAAACUUGACAGGUGAAGCAGAGGAUUGCAGUCCAAAGCAACAAACGAAGCCUGAACAAUCCAAGGGCUCUCGUUCAUCCCCACAAUCUGCUGGUAAAACAGCAAGAGAGUCGACAGAUAAGCCCUUGCCUUUGAAACCCAGCUCUAAGCUGGUGUCUCUGAAACAGAAAGCAGAGACUGCUGAACAGGAAACAGGAGCUCAAAGUUCAUUAUCUAAAGAAAAAGCUGCUUCAGGGAAAGAAGAGAGGACAACACCAAAGAAGGAGAAAAUUUCUCCAAAGAAGGAGAAAAUUUCUCCCAAGAAGGCUGAGUCUGUAAGUCCUGAAGACUCUGAAAAGAAGCGAAGCAAUUAUGAAGCCUACCGAAGCUUCCUUAAUCGUGAGGGGCCAAAAGCUCUGGGUUCCAAAGAGAUACCUCAGGGAGCUGAAAACUGCUUGGAAGGCCUGACCUUUGUCAUUACAGGCGUUCUGGAGUGUAUUGAGAGAGAUGAGGCCAAGUCUCUGAUCGAGCGGUACGGAGGCAAAGUAACUGGCAACGUCAGCAAGAAGACAAACUAUCUGGUCAUGGGGCGAGACUGUGGCCAGGCGAAGUGUGAAAAGGCAUCAGCUUUAGGGACAAAAGUUAUUGAUGAGGAUGGGCUGUUUGACCUUAUUCGAACGAUGCCAGGCAAGAAGUCCAAAUAUGAGCUGGCAGCUGAAACAGAGGCAAAGAAAGUAGAAUCAAGACCUAAAAGGACACCACAGAAAGCUGUAGCUGGAAAGAAAAAUUCGAGCCCCUUAAAAAGGGAAGCCAAUAAUAAAAAGUUAAAGUCUUCUCCUGAAAAAGGAGAUACUGACAAAUCUGUCAAGAAGGAAACCACUGCUGUUCGAAAGCUGAUGGACUUCAAAUGGCAGGCUGGAGAGAAGGAAGAAGCCACCAAACCCAAGGAGAACUUGGAUUCUGAGACAAAUGAAGGAACAGAGAGAUUGCUAUGGGUAGAUAAAUACAAGCCUGUGUCUCUUAAGGCAAUAAUUGGACAGCAGGGUGAGCAAAGCUGUGCCAACAAACUGCUCCGAUGGCUCAGGAAUUGGCACAAGAAUUCCUCGGAAGAUGCACAAGCAAAGAGCAGUAAAACUGGAGGCAAAGAUGAUGGUACUGGUUUUAAAGCAGCAUUACUUUCUGGUCCUCCUGGAGUUGGUAAAACUACUACAGCUUCUUUGGUUUGUAAGGAGCUGGGGUACAGCUAUGUGGAGCUGAAUGCCAGUGACACUCGCAGUAAGAGCAGCCUCAAGGAAGUAGUUGCUGAGUCUCUGAACAACACCAGCAUCAAAGACUUCUGCUCUGGCACAUCCUCAUCAGUUAGCGGGAAGCAUGUAUUGAUCAUGGAUGAAGUGGAUGGUAUGGCAGGCAAUGAAGACAGAGGAGGGAUUCAGGAGCUGAUUGGUUUGAUUAGGCACACAAAGAUCCCCAUCAUCUGCAUGUGUAAUGAUCGAAACCAUCCCAAAAUGCGUUCCUUGGUCCACUACUGCUUUGAUCUUCGCUUCCAGAGACCUCGUCUAGAGCAGAUCAAGGGGGCCAUGAUGUCUAUUGCUUUUAAAGAAGGCUUAAAAAUUCCACCACCUGCUAUGCAAGAGAUCAUCCUGGCAGCAAAUCAGGAUAUCAGACAGGUUUUACAUAACCUUAACAUGUGGUGUGCAAAAGAUAAAUCACUGACUUACGAUGAGGCUAAAACAGAUGCCAGCAGAGCCAAAAAGGAUAUCAGACUGGGACCUUUUGAUGUUGUUCGGAAGGUUUUUGCUACAGGAGAAGAAACUUCUCGUAUGUCUCUCAUGGACAAGUCAGAUCUCUUCUUCCACGAUUAUUCCCUAGCACCUCUCUUUGUCCAGGAGAACUAUGUACAUGUGAAACCAGCUGCUGCUGGAGGAAACCUGAAGAAGCACUUGAUGCUCUUGAGCAGAACAGCUGAUAGUAUAUGUGAUGGUGAUCUAGUGGACAGACAGAUUCGUAGCAAGCAAACCUGGAACCUUCUUCCAACACAGGCUAUUUAUGCAAGUGUUCUCCCUGGGGAGCUGAUGAGAGGUUACAUGUCCCAGUUUCCUGUCUUUCCCAGCUGGCUGGGGAAAUUUUCAUCUGCAGGCAAACACGACCGAAUCAUUCAGGAAUUGGCGAUGCACAUGAGCCUCAGGACCCAGACCUGCAAGAGGACAGUGAACAUGGAGUAUUUGCCGUACUUGCGGGAUGCACUUGUCCAGCCCUUGAAGGACCUUGGAGCAGAUGGUGUACAAGAAGCUAUAGCAUUCAUGGACUCCUACUGCUUGAUGAAAGAAGAUAUUGAAAAUAUCAUGGAAAUCAGCACGUGGGGAGGCAACCCCAGCCCUUUUUCAAAGCUGGAUCCCAAGGUCAAAGCAGCUUUCACACGUGCCUACAACAAAGAGGCUCAUCUGACUCCUUAUUCCCUGAACUCUGUCAAGACAACCAGGAGGCAGUCAGCAUCUGCCAUGGCCUUUGAACUGAGUGAAGACCUGAAUGUGGAAGAGAACAAAUCUGAUGAGGAUGAGCAAGAUACUGUUGAAAGUGAUGCAAUGAUUAAGCAAAAAAAGGCAAAGCCUUCCAAGCCACCAAAGAGAGAGAAAACUGAAGAAACAACAAAAAAAGAAGGGAAAAGGAAAGAGAAAACAAGACAUUAAGCAGCAUAAAAUCUUGCUCUGGAUGCAGCUUUGCUGAUCUGAACAGGAGAUGGAUCCAGUGCUGGAGCCUGGAAUGUAGACCCAGUGCAUUGAAAUGCUCCUCUUAAGAGGUGAUGUAGCUGCUGUACUCUCACUCUGUGCCCUGCUGUACUUACUCUUAACCUGCUACAAGGUUCCAAGCCCUAACUAUCCUUGUGCAGCAGACACCAGGUGCAUAAACAGGGUGCAAAUGGGAUGCUUAGUUACUGGGCAUUUAUGCAGAGUCUUCCUAGGACUUCACUGCUUUCUUUGUUUUUUUAAUAAAUCCGCUGAUGUUGUAUGGUGAACUCUUGUAAAUAGCAGGUGGUGCACCCCCCACCCUGACCUGCAUAUUUGUACAUUCUAGAAAUCAAGUGGUGUAUAAAAUGACAAUAAAACACUUCAUAGGACUCUUCUGAAAGGUUUGCUGAGGUCACACAGUGUUCUGUCUCUCCU